CGGGGGAGGAGGUGGGGGAAGAGAUGAGGGAAAGGGAGGCAGUGGAGGAGAGGGAGGGGAAGAGGGAGGAGCAGGAGGGAGUGGGGAGACAGAUGAGGAGAGAGUGAGGAGGGAGGUGGAGCGAGUGGACAGGGCGAGGGUGGAGACGGGUGUCUUACUGCUGGGGAGGAUAGCCGAGAGCAGCGACCUGGUGGAGGACGAGGUGAGCUACAUGCCGCCCUUGUUCUCCCUGCAUGGUGUUCUGACUAUAAUCUUUGCCUUGUUUGCCUCUGCUGCAUGCUGGUCGUGCUCUGCCUGCCCCUCUCCUCUCAUCCAGGUCGUAUUCCUCAUCGCCGCAGCUGCUGCUCUCCGCCUUGUGCGCACCAAUUUGGCUGCUGCAGUCCUCACCACAGCUGCAGCAUCGCUGGGCUACCCCAGUCUCAGCCAGUACCUGGACAUUCUCCUGCCCUCUGUGGCCACACGGUGGGUGGCAGCAGACCCCGUGCUGCUGCCGCUGCCUGCUCUCGCACAGGUGGUGGUGGCGUUGGAGCAAGCAGGGGGGGGUAGGGGGAUGGGUAGCGCAGGCUGUUGGACAGCUGGUGGCGGAGGGAGGCAGAUGCUAGAGGAGAAGGGCGACCAUGAAGCGGGAGGAGACACUGCAUGGGUGGUAGCAGCAGGAGUGGGGGGUGCAGGAGCACUUGCAAGGGCGUGGAAGAGGCUGGCUCCGCUGUUGCUGCCUGCGCUGCUGCUGCUGGGGAGGAAGAGUGACGUGCAAUUCCUGGCCGAGGCCCUCCAGGCGCCCGUCCCUCGGCUCCUCAAGGAGUCAUUCCCACAUGUGGUUGCUGCGCUGCUGCCAUUCCGCCAGUCAGAGCUUGACACGUGGCAGAAGGAGGCUGCAACACGUGUGCUCACGACAGGCCUGCUGGCCACGGCGGGGUGGAGUGAAGCAGAGAGGGAUCAGCUUCUGACCAAGCACAUGGUGCCCAUCAUCACCAGUCUGCUGCAGCACACGUCCUCCCAGCAGCACCCAUCGUUGCCGUCCUUCCCCACCGCGUGCAUCCGUGCCACCAUCUGCACCCUGGUGGACAGCACUGCUGACUCGCGUGCCAGCAGCAACAGCAUCAGUACGAGCGCACUGCCCUCCGCGCCUCCCCUCGUCUCCGACCACCUCAACAUUUUGCGCCCGGCCAAUGUCUUUCCAUUGCUCCUCGCCCUGCACAAGGCAGCUGUAGCAGCCUGCAGUCCACGUCAUCGCUGCCACAUCAUCGCUGCGCUGUCAGUGCUGGUUGACAUCCUGGGGAACAGAGUCACAGUGCCGCCCACUUUCAGGUACCUGGUGCACAUUCUGCUCGCCUGCCUGCCCACCUCGGCACCCACCUGGCCUCCACCCGCCCCACCGCUCGCCUCCUCCCAGCUCUCGCUCUCUCAGAGCCCCUCCUGCCCCUUGCCCUCGCCCUCGACACCAGCAGCGGUGGCGGCAGUUUGUCUAGACGUGCUGGCGCGGGUGGUGGCUGCAGCACAGAGCAACGGUGCCAGGGAGGGUGGUCACAGUGGAAUGGCGUCUGCUGCUGUGUUGGACCAAAGCCAGAUUCCGCCAUCCCCUGCCACUCUUUCCGCUCCGCCCCUCCCCCUCUUGCUGCAGGCCAUAGUGUCUCGCCUACUGGCCCUCUGCACUCCCCCAGCUGCAGAAGCAGCAGUGGGAGCGGCGGCGGCAGGGGCAGGAGGGGGGACAAUAGGAGUGGCAGAAGGGGGAGCAGCAGCAGGGGCAGCAAGGCAGGAGGGGGAGCUUCCAGAGGCGCUGGUGGAGCUGCUGAGAGCGUUCACAGUGGAUGCCCCUGCAGCAGUGAGGGCUCGCCUGCAGCUGUUCCACAUGCCAGCAGCAGCAGUGGCAGCAUACCCCUCUCUGGCACCCAUCGCGGACUCUCUCUCCUCACUCUCCCACGACUUGCCCCUUCCACAACAGCUUGCACAGCUUGCAUCUCAGGCCAUCCACCUCUCGCCAGCUGUUCUCGCACAGAGUCUGGAAGCUCUCUGCAACCACCUCGCCUCCACCAAGCACCUCCUUUGGUGCGAUGAAACUGCCCGUGCAGCCAAAGGCAUGGAGGGAGCAGCAGGCAACAGCAGUCGUGAGCUGGACGCAGGGGGGCCUGGGGAUGGACUGCCACGCCCCUCUGCUCAGGCCCUUACUGCCACGUGGCAGAUGCUGCAGGUGUCACAACGGCUGAGCGAAUCAGACCCCUGUACGAGCACCAUCCGGGCAUGCCUUGGCAGGCUUCUGGCUGCUCUGGGGAUAUGGGAUGCUUCCGCCGUUUCCUUCAAGCCUCCAGCCACAGCAACUUCAACAGCAGCACCAACAGCAGCGUCAGCACCCACGGGUGGUGUGACAGUAGUGAAUGCGGAUCCAGCAGGAGAGGGCGUUCACAAGGGGGUGAUUGUAUCGGUGCUUAAGCUGCUGGCCACCCUCCUUGUUGAUCCAGAUGUCCAUGCCAUUCAGCUCGCCGCACAAACCAUCGAGGUCCGUCUGGUGCUUGCUCUGCUCCUGCCUUGCUCCUGCCUGCUUAAGCUGUUGAGUCAAGAUCCGUCGCUCUUCCCUGUUGCAUCAGCGCUGCGACUGCACCGCGUCACAGCCAUUCUCAUGACAGAGAGGGGCCAUCGGGUCUUUACUGCAACAGGCUUUGAGGAGAAGCAGUACCUCGAGGCGCACAUAAAGACGGUCAACACCGCCCAUGCACAGCAGAUUAUCCAGCACCUAAGAGCCGAUGCAGGAGCCUCCAUGCCUCCACUGGACGACCCCGCAGUGUGGCAGGCAGUGGGUGCAUCUCACGAAGUGUGGGUGUGCCGCGUGGUGCAUUUGCUCAUUCUGCACGCGCCAGACGACAUUCUCACUCUGUGUGCGCCGCUGUGCAGUGUGAACGCCUCACUCGCUGCACUGCUCCUCCCCCACACACUCGCCACCCUCGCUGCCUCACAUGCACCCACCAGUCUCCUCUGCCGCACUAUCUCAACCCAGCUCACCACUCACGUGCUGCAGCCAGCGCGUGCGGUGUCUCCGCGCACGCUGCAGCUCCUCUUAGACGCGCUCACCGCCCUCAGAGCCUGCCACACCCGCGCUCGCAUGGCCCCUCCCCCCACUGCUGCUGCUGCUGCCCGUGCUGCUGCCUCUGCAAUGGGUGCUCGAAAGAGUGCUGCCAAGGUGCUUCUACUUCUCCUCACCCCACUUUCUGGUACCUGGUGUUGUUGCUGUCAUGCUCAGUUCCCCUUGUUUUCCUCUUCGCCUUCUUCCUUCCACAACACGCAUUAUUCUUUCAAACAGCGGUUUCCCUUACUCCACUGCAAUGCUCCUCACCUCUUGCUGCUCCCUUCUCAUCCGUCUGUCUGUCCCACGUCUCCUCCUCACUUUCUUUCCUCCAUCCAGGCAACAUCAGCAGCAGCUCCCUCCACUACCACAGAGGCCUCUACACGCACAGCAGCAGGCGUGGGUGGCAGCAGCAGCAAGGGCAAACGAGGGGGCAGACGGGGGACCAAGAAGAGUGGUGCAGGGGAGCAGGAGGGGCCACCAGUUGGGGCAGCAGCAGAAGAAGCAGGUGCAGCUCAACUGAGGGCAGAGGAGAAAGGGGCUGAAGUGGAUGAGGACGAGCCAGAGGCUCCUCAGCACUGGCAGUCUGUGAGCCUCCUUGCCUCCUUACCUCUUUGCCUCCUUGCCUCCUUGCCUCCUUGCCUCCUUACCUCUUUGCCUCCUUGCCUCCUUGCCUCCUUGCCUCCUUACCUCUUUGCCUCCUUGCCUCCUUGCCUCCUUGUCUCUUUGCCUCUUUACCUCCUUGCCUCUUUGCCUCUUUACCUCCUUGCCUCUUUGCCUCUUUACCUCCUUGUCUCUUUGCCUCUUUACCUCCUUGCCUCUUUGCCUCUUUACCUCCUUGCCUCUUUGCCUCUUUACCUCCUUGCCUCCUUGUCUCUUUGCCUCUUUACCUCCUUGUCUCUUUGCCUCUUCGCAUUUUUGCCUCUUUGGCUCUUGUCAUUUUUGCAUCUCUGCCUCUUUGCGUUCUUGCCUCCUUGCAUCCUUGCCUCCUUGCCCCUUUGUCUACUUGUCUCUUUGCCUCUUUGCCCCUUUUCCUCCCUGCCUCCUUCCUUCUUGUCUCUUUGCCUCCAUGCCUACUUUGCCUCCAUGCCUCCUUGUCUCCUUGCUUCCUUCACUCCUUGCCUCCGUGCCUCCUUCCCUGCUUCUGCCUUUUCCUCCAUGCCUCCUUGGCAGCACGCGACCAUCUCGUCUGCUUGGUUCUUGCCCACUGCCACACCCACCCAUGCCCUCUCAUCCAUUCCACUCCACCCUCCUUCUGUGCCGCCCCAAAUGUGUCUCCCAUAUUUUCUACCACUGUGCACCGUGUGUGUUGAUGCGCGCGUGCUUCCUUCCGCUGUGCAGCACUGUGGUGCAACACUCACGGCCAUUCUCUAUGCCGAGCUCUGGUGUGAGGCACACUUUGGACGGCCCACUCUCGGCGAACCAAGCUUCGAUGAAGACUCCGACGCGUUUCAAUCUUGCCUCGACACCUGUUGUGUUGUGCUCUUUCCCCCACCUUUCCCUCCCCUUACCCUCAAUGCGCACUUCCUGCCAAUGGCGACUCUCUCCUCUCCCACAUCACCUUCUAAGAUCCUCCCUCUUCUGCUCUGCUGCCAGGUGGAGCCCCACGAGGCGCUGCUGAUGGGGUGCUACAGUGCCGUGAACGAGCCCGAUGCCAUCUACGCUGUCGCCCGCACCAACAAGCUUCCGUCCCGUCUGGCCAUCAACCGCCACGAGGGGCGAUGGGAGAAGGUUCUAGAGACGCUGGACCAUGCCAUGUCCCACCGCCCUGCACCUGCUGGUGCUGCUCUUUCCUCUGGUGCUACUCCUGCAGUGCCCUCGUUACAUACGAAGCUGCCUGGAAGAUGGGCAAGUGGGACCUGCCAGCAGCUCAGCUCCCGGACUCGUCCAACUCGUCACCCUACCCGCCCUCCACCUUGCUCAUACGCACAGCCCCACCUGACAGCAGCAGCACUGCGUCCACCAUGCCUGGUGCUGCUUCUGGCUUCCACGCCGCUCUCUACAGGUGUGUUGCAGCCUCCUUUAGAGAGCGGCACCCCCUUUGUCACGCUCACAGCCCCACCAGACAGCAUCAGCACCACCACGUCUGCCAUGGCCAUGCCUGGCGGAGCUGCUGCUGGCUUCCACGCUGCGCUCUACAGGUGCGCUGCAGCAGUGAACAUCCCAUCCCCAUCGCUCCCCAUCGUUUCCUCCUCCAUGCUUCCACUUGCUCCCCUUUCUCCUCGUCCACCCAUCCAUCGCUCUCUCCCGGCAACUAUUGUGUGCCAGCUGGCGUCCACGUCAGCAGAGAGUGCCCUCCACAUCAACUCGCGCCUCGUCCUCCUCCAGGCCCUGGAGAACGUUCGAGAGGCAGCAGCUCCCACACUCGCCCGUGGAGGGGGCCCGCCCAUUCACGCAGGGCAGGCACGGCACACAGAGCUGCACACGUGGCAGCGCCAGCUGGCAGCGUGUGGGAGCAGCUUCGAGUUACAGGAGCCGCUGCUGAGCUGUCGGGGGGCAUAUCUGCGUGCGAGUGGGCAGCAUAACGCCCUGCCGCUGCACCUGCUGGAGGCUGCCAGCCUCUGCCGCAAGGCGCGCCUCCUGAGCCAGGCAGCAGUGCAUGUGCAACAUCUCAAGGAUGCCUGCCGCGCCCUCACAGCAUGCAGCCACACACCCACCACUGUGCCGCACCUGCCACCAACAAGCAGCGCUGCCACAGCAUCGGCAGAGGAGGGGACGUGGGGAGUGGAGGGGGUGGCAUUCUGUGGGCGGGUGGAGGAGGCGAAGCUGCUGGCAUUGGAAGGGCAGCAGGACAUGGCCGUGCGCCUGCUGCAGCACCUGCUGCGCCCAGACCUGCCACCGCACGCUUCCCAGGGGUCUGCUUCACCUUCUGCCGCCUCUGCUGCUGUUACCACUGCUGCUGUUACCACUGUUGCUGCUUCAUGUGUACCAGUGUCUGACCGCGUCUACACGCUCGGCUUGGCGGCCAAGUGGCUUGGGGAGACGCGCUCUAUAAGCUCGCGGGUGGUACUGAAUGACUACCUGUGGCGCGCAGUGGACCUCACAACCCACCCGCCCACUGCCUCACACUCCGCCUCGCCCUCUGCUGCUGCUGCUGCUGCUGCCACUGCACCCCCAAGCUAUGCCUCCCUUCCGUUCGCCAAUAACUGGCACCAGCAGAAACAGGAGCGGCAGUGGAAGCAGCAGCAGCAGCAGCAAGGGGGAUAUGGUGGGCAGCAGGGGGGUGUGAGGGAGCAGGGGGGACAGGGGGGACAGGGGGGGGAGCAAGGCCAGUGGCAGCGGCGGCGGCAGUGGGGAGAGGUGCAUUUUCAAAUGGCACGCUACGUGGAUGGGCUGUUUCUGGUGCUGCAUACUCGCCUGCACUCGCAGCAGUGGCGUGCGGCACAGGAUCUCACGAACCACAAGCGGAAGGAGUUGGAGGAGAUGACAAAGCGACUAAAGGCUUCUAGACGAGAGGACGAGAGGCGGGUGUACGGGAUGAAGAUGAUGGAGCUACAGAAGCAGCUGAGCAUGGACGACCAGGAGGCCAACGAUCUGCAGGUGCAACCCCCGCACCUUGCCAUUCCUCCUCCCUGCCAUCCCUCCUGCCUGCCAUCCGCUGCUCCAUCCACCUACCAUCCUUGGUCCUGUGGUCUCCUCUACGACUCCCGUCUGUAUGCCUUGCUGUGCCGUGCCGGAGAGCAUGACAUGUACCUACGUGCUGCUCUCGAGAACUACAGGAACUGCCUUCUGGCGGCCGACACGUUCAACAUCCAAGGGGUGUUUCGCCUGACAGCGCUCUGGUUCAUGCUGCUCAACGAUGCCACGGCUGACGCAGUCAAUGCGGAGAUGCUCACAACCAUCCAGACGGUGCCGUCAUACAAGUUCCUGCCACUCGUCUACCAGAUGGCAUCACGCAUGAGUGAGCGAGACCCCCACGGCUCACCGCCGCUCCACCCUGAGACACCCGACUUCCAGUCAGUGCUGACAACGCUCGUCAAGCGAAUGGCGGACGACCAUCCCCUGCACACCGUGCCUGUGCUCAUGGCGCUGGCCAAUGGCAACAGGGUGCGUAGCAGCCAGCGCGGGCGCAACCUCUUUGUCGUGGAUGAGGACAAGAUCCGGGCGGCAAAGGCUGUCCUGGGCGGCAUGGCUGAGCGGCACAAGCCCAUGCUGGAUGAGAUGCAGCAGCUGAUGGAUCUGUACAUCCGCCUAGCGGAGAUGGAGUCCAGCAAGGAGGAUCUCAUGCGUUCAAAGCAGCUACCGAGAAACUUCCGCAGCGUCAGGGACCUCUUGCGGGUUCCCGUGCUCACAGCCUCGGUGCCUGUGGACCGAACCUGCUGCUAUGCCCCGGGCUCCUUCCCUGCCUUCUGCGGACUCAAGGACAGCAUGCGGGUGAUGCACGGGGUGAACGCACCAAAGGUGGUGGAGUGUGUGGGAUCGGACGGCCGUGUGUACAAGCAGCUCGCCAAGUCGGGCAAUGAUGACCUGCGCCAGGACGCUGUGAUGGAGCAGCUGUUCGGGCUGGUGAACUCGCUGCUGCAAGCCCACAAGGGGGCCACCAAGCGCCACCUCGCCAUCCGCACCUACAAGGUGGUACCAUUCACUCCCAGUGCAGGACUGCUCGAGUGGGUGGAUGGCACCCUGCCGCUUGGGGAGUACCUUCUAGGAAGUACUCGCAAGGGGGGGGCGCACGCACGCUACGGGGGCUCUGAUUGGCCAUUCAUGACGUGCCGUGAAGUGAUGGCGCGGGAAAGUGACAAGCGGCAAGCCUUCGACAAGGUUCUUCAGAACUUCCACCCUGUGAUGCGCCAUUUCUUCCUGGAGCGCUUCCUGCUGCCUGCCAACUGGUUCGACCGGCGCCUCACAUACACUCGCAGCGUGGCUGCAACCUCCAUGGUGGGGUACGUGGUGGGGCUGGGGGACCGGCAUGCGAUGAACAUUCUGGUGGACGAGCGGUCAGCAGAGGUGGUGCACAUCGACUUGGGGAUUGCGUUCGAGCAGGGGCUCAUGCUCAAGACGCCUGAGAAGGUGCCCUUCCGCCUCACGCGGGACAUCAUAGAUGGCAUGGGCGUGAGCGGAGUGGAGGGGGUGUUUCGGCGCUGCUGUGAGACGGUGCUGGCGGUGAUGAGGGAGAACAAGGAGGCACUGCUGACAAUCAUCGAGGUGAGUGGAGUGGAGUGGAGUGGAGUGGAGUGA